UGAAUCUAAUAUAUCUGAACCUUAGAAGGAUGAACUGCAAAAUCUUUGUCGCCUCCAUUAUUGUCCUUGUGGCAUUUCUGGCCAUCAGUGAAGGUCUGGGAGUAGAUGACCGCUGUCGGUGCAUUAAAACAGAAAGUCGACGCAUGGGCAAACUUAUAGAGAAGAUUGAACUCUUUCCACCCAGCUCCCACUGUAAAGACUCAGAGAUCAUUGCCACCCUGAAAGAAACUAGGCAGGAGAUCUGUCUGGACCCAGCAGCCCCUUGGGUUAAGAAAAUAAUCGAGAGGAUCAUUGCCAACAAACCAACAUGAACAUGUCAACCAUCGGCGUGUUUUUAGUGAAAGCAUGUAGACCAAACCUUCACGUUUCUUUACAGCCACCAUUUCACUUUUAUUUAUUGAACAGCACUUGCCUUGUGGGGAUGUGUGUGUUUACAAAACUGUUGGAUUUUGUAUGUGUGUAAAUUAAGAAUAAGUAUUUAUUUAUUGUUAAACGAAGGUUAUUUAUUAUGUAUUUAUAAUAUUUUAUAUUCUUUCUAACUGUAUUGUGUGUUUGGCUGUGUGUAAGACAUUUCUAAGUAUUACUACACCAGCUGUGUUAUUAAGUGUUAUUGUUUAUACUUUUCCCAUUCAAGCACAAGUGAAUUUGAUGGGUUUGCAGUUUUUACACUAACUUUUGUUGGAGGUUUGCAUAUUUGCAUUGGAUGAAGAAUGCAAUAAAAUGUGUUAACGAUCAUCAUUUGUGUAUUUUCAUUUUUGGCUUUCUGUUCAAGGGUGUGAAAAAAAAAUACUGUAAUUCCUGUAGGUCAACUGACUGAUGUUAUCAGAGCAGAUUUACAAGCAUUUGGCAUCAAGGCCAAAGAAAAACAA